AUGGCUGUAGCUCAAAUCUCUGCCUCUCUCUCCCUUUCCAUCAGAGAUGCAAGUGGUAUUAGCUCAGCAGCAGCAAGUCCUGCUCGGCUUCCCCUUUUCAAUUCCCCUAGAAUUGGGACUGCCUUUGCUACUGGUUCUCCACUCAUCAUUAGAACUGUAUAUCAUCAAAGGAAGGCAGUAUGCAAAUCAAUGCCACUUUCUGUAAGGUGUGAGCAAAGCACGAAGGAAGGUGGUUUGGAUGUAUGGCUUGGCCGGCUUGCCAUGGUUGGCUUUGCUGUGGCUAUUAGUGUUGAGGUAGCGACGGGAAAGGGACUUCUGGAGUUAAAUUCCCAGACGCCAGCUUUUCUUCAGUCUAGGAAAUUUUGGAGCAGGGAGGCUCUCAUGUCACCUGCUCAUUAUAUCUUUCAGAUGAUUUGA